ACGAUGGCGGAUCAAUCGCUAUCAGAGAUCAGAAGCUAUCCGAUUAGGAACAAACUUGAUGCUUUUCAUGCUUCUUUUGCUUCACUCUGUGAAGACAGAAACAUCUCUUGCACCCCAGACGCGCUUGAUCAGCUUGUUAAAGAAGAUAUCCAGAAUCUCGCCCUCGAUCUCCUGUUUGCUAUCCGAAACCUCCCAGCUGUUCGUAAUCUCCAGCCGAAUGCAACCCACAGUGCCCUUCGCAGUGAUCUUCUGAACCUCAACUCUGCUGUUACCUCCAACGACUUCGAUCUCGACUGUAUCAAAUGCCUCCUCAAGACAGCUAUCGAUGUUCGUUCCGACGAUGCGCUGAUCUGGGACCAAGUUCAUUAUGCUAUCACUGCUGCAUCCGCCUCACGCCCCCAGCCAGUUGCUCCU